GCAUGCUCAAGGCUAUCAGUCCUUUCGCUCUCUUUCUCUCUCUCCCUCUCACUAAUUCAACACAUUUUGCUGAAGAGGAACAUCAUCAGAAUGGACACCAUGAUGGAUGCUAUACAUGGCUAUGGUGUGAGCUCCACAGAGUACCUACAGACUCACUACAAAGAUGCCCAGGGCUGGUUCCUGUUUGUGUCCUUUGCUGCUGACCUGCGCAACACCUUCUUCAUCUUCUUCCCCAUUUGGUUCCACCUGAGAGCAUCGGUUGGCAUCAAGCUCAUCUGGGUGGCUGUGGUCGGGGAUUGGCUCAACCUCGUUUUCAAAUGGAUUCUGUUUGGAGAGCGGCCCUACUGGUGGGUGCACGAGACGCCCUACUACAGCAACAAGUCUGUGCCGCACAUCGAACAAUUUCCCAUGACCUGCGAGACAGGCCCCGGUAGUCCAUCGGGUCAUGCUAUGGGAGCAGCUGGAGUUUACUAUGCCAUGGUCACCUCCAUCCUUACCAUCAUGCUGAGCAAAAAAAACACCCCCCCCACUAAAGCACUGUACCUGCGAGGCACUCUCUGGACUCUUUUCUGGACCGUUCAGAUCUGUGUUUGUCUCUCCAGAGUCUUCCUGGCUGCCCAUUUCCCUCAUCAGGUCAUUGCUGGUGUAUUUACAGGUAUGAUUGUGGCUGAAGUGUUUAACAGGCAGAAGUGGAUCUACUACGCCAGCUUGCAGAAUUACUUCAACAUCACUCUGUUCCUGCUCGUUUUCGCCGUGGGCUUUUACGUCCUUUUGAAGGCCGUAGGUGUGGACUUGCUGUGGACUCUGGAAAAAGCUCAGAAAUGGUGUGUGAACCCAGCCUGGGUGCACUUGGACUCAACGCCGUUCGCCAGCCUGCUGCGUAACAUGGGCACCUUGUUCGGUCUGGGCCUGGGCCUGCACUCGCCACUCUAUACCGAGAGCAAAAAGAGCACUAGCGCCCCCUUCAGGAUCGGCUGCGUGCUCAGCUCCCUGCUCCUCCUCCACCUUUUCGACUCCAUCAAGCCGCCGACGCACACAGCGGCGCUCUUCUACCUGCUUUCGUUCUGCAAGAGCGCCAUCGUUCCGCUGGUCACCGUCAGCAUCAUUCCAUACUGCGUGUCUGGAGCCCUGAGUUUACCAAGCAAGAAACACCUUUAAAAGAACUUAAAGACAAUUUUAGCAAAAACACAAACCCUCAGCAGUAUUUUCCAGCUUUCAUUCUUGACUGCACAUCUCAUCAGGUCUACAAGCUCAACCUGGACAAAAGACUUCCUUAAGCACUGUAAUAAGUUGUUUUAUUGCUCAGGAUUACAGUGUUGUGUUUAGAUUACUGUUUUAUUUAAUCUCAUUACUCGUAACUUAGUGCUUUUUAAGCGUACUGAGAAUAGGCUUGGCAUCCGUCCCAAGCAUACAAAUACUUUUGGAUGAGGUUCGUUUUUAAGAACUCGGAUGUAGAACUUUACGACGGGGACAAAGAACGUUGUUUUAUUUCACGCAAUCAAACGGAAAGUGGCGUCCUGCCCAUAACGCGUCUGUUGUGCGUGUUCGGAAAUAAUAGUGGCUUGUGCUUUCUGUAAAUGUCUAUUUUUGAAAAUUUGUAUUUUUAAUAAAACAUUCAAAAUAUA